AUGGCGCUAGACGCGCUUCGGAACGAUGGGCCACUGCCAUUGCUGGAUCUGAAAACGGGAGAUUUGAUGCUCAGCAGCGAGCCUUUAAAUCCCUUGAACUGUUUCAUCCGGUGCUGUUUGUGCAUGAAGGUGCACCAUAUCGGCUUGGUGAUAAGGCCUCAGGAUUUUGAUUCCCAGUCGCAUGUCAGACAAGCCCACCCAGAAAUGGACAACUCGAAAAUGUAUGUGCUGCAUUUCCUGCAUUCUGGACUGAAACUCUGGGAUUUGGAGCGCUACAUCCAUCGAGUGCAUCAGGGUUGUGGACCUGGAAGUGUUUAUGUUCGACAGCUGCAGUGGUCCGAAGGGGAGCGCCGGACCUUUCAGGGACACAUAGAUUGCACUUUCGAGGAGUUCAAGGGCAGGAAAUUCGAGAAAUCCUUUUAUGCUUCGACUUCCAUGGCCUUUUGUGACGCUUUGGAAGUUUGCGGCAUUGGCCAAAGCCAAGAGGAUGUGUCCAGCCUCUUCUGUUCCGAGUUCGUAGCGGAGGUCUUGCAGCGAGGAGGGGUCCUGCCCAAGACCAGGGCCUCUUCAGAGUUCGUACCCAUGGAUUUCUGGAGCAGCGAUGGGCAGCAUGUGGAACAGACCAGCUUGCUUGGCGGAGUAUUUCCAUGUCCUGAUAGUCUGGCGGCGUGCCAUGGAAUGAAGCGGAAACGUGCGACGGAGACAUGGGAACGGCAGGGUCUCCGCGGCGUGCGCUAUUUCGUGCUGGACGAAGCAGAUCGGAUGCUGGACAUGGGCUUCAUGCCGCAGGUCAGAGAGAUCGUCGGCUUGAUGCCGCCCAGGGAGUGGCGUCAGAAUCUGCUCUUUUCGGCCACCUGGCCCUCAGCGGUUCAUAGCCUCGCAGGCGAGAUUUUGGGCAAGACACCCGUUCGCAUCCGCAUUGAUCAAUCCGGAGACGAUGAGCUCAGUGCCAACACGAGCGUGACGCAGAUUGUGGAAAUUCCACGUGAGAAGAAGAAGCCCGCACGUCUCCUGGAGAUUUUGAAGGAGCACGGGGAGAAGAAGACCCUGAUUUUCGUCAACACCAAGAAAGGAGCUGCAUCUCUAGCGGAUGAGCUGCGCAGAGCCGGUGUGGUUCCUUGUGGCGAGAUUCACGGCAACCUUACGCAGCAGGAGAGACAAAAAGCACUAGAAGAUUUCACCAAGGGCUCCAGCAAGACACUGGUGGCCACAGAUGUGGCCGCCAGGGGUUUGGACGUGGAAGAUAUCACACUGGUGGUGUGCGGCAUGGAAGACUACGUGCACCGCAUUGGUCGCACGGGACGCGCUGGACGUCAAGGGCUCGCAGUCACUUUCUUCCCAGCACCAGAGGACGUGUCUGGCACGCGCUCUGCAGGCAACGCGCACGAGUUCAUUCAGCUCUUGCGCUCGGCAAAGCAACGGGUGCCGGAGGAGCUGGCAGCGUUGCCGUUGGACACUGGACCUGUGACCUCCAGUGUGGCGGCGCGCAAGGGCAAGAGCCAGAAAGGUGACGCGCUGCUCCGGGGGUUGAUAAAGUCUCCUGGUGGAAAAGGUGGGAAAGGAAAAGGGAAGGAUAGUGGAAAGGCUGGUAGUGAGAAGGCUACUGUCGCAGGAGCUUCUGGAAUCAGCAUGGAAGGAGGUGAGGUGCAGCCGUUCCUCACCUUCAAGGAGGUGCCGAUUCUAAAAGAUCUGCGGAAGAAGUUGAGGAUCAGCGGCUUUCAGACGCCCAUGCCCAUUCAGGCUUAUGGCUGGCCUGUGAUUCUGGGCGGUCACGAUUGCAUUGGCAUUGCCAAGACAGGAAGUGGGAAAACUUUGGCAUUUUUGCUACCUGCGAUGCACAAAAUUCAUCACUGGCUAGAGGAGGCCAACGAUGAGGGAGCGGCUGGAGCAGGCGCUUUGGCGUUGGUGGUUGUUCCCACUCGAGAGUUAGCAGCUCAAAUCCAUCGAGAAGCUGAGCGCUUCGCGCCAUCCAGUCAGCGAGCUUGCUGUGUCUAUGGUGGUACUCCUUGGGAGUCUCAAGCUGCUGCUUUGGAGGCUGGGGUGGAACUCUUGGUGGCCACGCCUGGGAGGCUGGCCUUCCUCAUGGCUCGUGGGGGCGAAGCAGCCGCAAACACGGCCCGGGAAAUUGCCAGUUGUGGCUCUAGAAAGCAGCUCAGCGAAGCGCUGUCCACCUUUCAACGUUUCACUGCCAGCGGCGGACGCGUGACGCGUCACAUUUUCUCCACGCUGCUGAACGUUCACGUGCUCUGUGGCGACCUUCCUGGUGCGGUGAAGGUGUCGCAGAGCAUGGUGGACAACAACCUUCCACUGGGCGUGGUGGAGUACACCACGCUGCUGAAAGGUCAUUUUGCUGCAGGAGAUUUGGCAUCCGCCUGGAGAAUCGUGGAAGAGAUGCAGGCUGCGGGCGUGUCGGGAGACCUUCGCACCCUAAACACCUUCCUGCGCGGAUGCGUGAAGUUGGGUGCGCUGGGAGAUGCCGAGGACUUCUACAUAAGUGCCAAGAAAGCUGGUGGAAUCUACCCUGAUGCUGCCACAUACAAGCUUUUGGCACAGGUCCAUGGUCAACGAUUCCAGUUGAAGGCCCUGAUGAACUUGUUGAAAGAUGCCCAGAUGUCGGAUGCGACAGCCCAGCUUGAAAACACCGCAGGGCUGAAUCACUCCAUUGCGCAAGUCGCAUGCUUGUUGGGCAAAAAGCAGGUCGCCAAGCAAGCCUUGCACCAGGCCGAAGAAGCCCUUGAAGGGUCGAUCGCCAGUCACAGCGAAUUUGACCACUUGCGGCGAGGGGAGCUGCAACGUGAGGUGAAAGCCCUGAAAAGGGCCUUGAAGGAGGACGACCUGGACUUGCCAGGCGCCUUCCAACGGCUCUACGCCUUCCCGGCCUCCCGCGGGCAGUCCGAAGCCGGAGGAGCGGAGGAGGUCUACCAGGCCUUGUGUGACGGCUUCGGUCUGGCGGAGUGCUUCCGCCGAGGCUUUGGAGAGGAAGAGGACUUUAAGCGCCAACUGCGGCGGUCCUUGAAAGGAUCCUGUCUGCGUUGGGCGCGGGUCUUUGGCUCCAAAGCCCCCGUGAAACUCGAGGUGUGCAGUGGCACUGGAGAUUGGGUGGUGGCACAGGCACAAGCCGAUACUGAAGCCAAUUGGGUGGCAAGCGAGCUCAGAUAUGACCGCGUUUGGAGCAUCCUGAGCAAGUGCGUUCGCUGCUGCAAGUUCGGGCUACGCUCGGCAUGGCGGUUUGGGCAUGGUGAUUUGCAGAUUGGACCUGUCUUCGCAAAGUUGUCCAAUUUGGCCAUGCUGGCAGGUGAUGCUGGAUCCAUCCUCAAGACUCUGAUACCGGCGGGUAGCAUCUCCAUGAUCUGCAUCAACUUCCCCGAGCCUCCGCAAACGAGAACGCUGCGCAACGGCCGCGGAUCCGGGGCUUCUCGAUGCUUCGAGCCGCUGGCAGACGUGCCUGCGGAGCAUUUGGAGAACGCCGCUCGGGGGCCCAGUGGUUAA